UUAGUAAGAGUGGUAUUGGUAUGUAAACGGCAAUAUAUAUAUAUACGCACGUUUCUAUAUUGCUGUACAUUGUGGACGUACCGUGUUUAUAUCAGAUUUAGGUUGGAAAGUUCUCCUACAUUGACUAGUAACGUGGAGUUUUAUAUGUGCAACUAACUGUGCUCUAAACAGAAUAUUAUUAAGUGGUAAAUUCUGUGUUAAUUCUAAAAGAAGUAAUAUACAGGAAAUAUCAACGGAUUCAAAUGGAAGUGGAAUAUCCAGCUACAACGUCAAAAAGGACCAUAUCAUUUAUUGAUCUCAAAGAUGAUUGCAUGAUAAAGAUAUUUUCCUACCUCCAUCUCUCCGAGAUUCUUAAAUUCGCUCUGUUCAGCGAUGUCUGGGAUCCACUAAUAGAAAAGGUCAUAGCCUCAGGACAAUAUCUAGAUAUCAAAUUCCUCUACGAAACGUGCCCGAAAGACCAAGUAAGGCACAUUUUAAUGCAAUUUGGUCCACGAAUCAAGGAAUUGGUGAUACAACGAACUAGAAUGGAGUUUUAUGAGGAACUUCUACAAGUUGCCGAUUAUUUUAGCAGUCUUGAGUAUCUACGAUUUUGUGAUAUGGACCAACCCCGAAUAAUCACUCAAAAUUUUACUGCGGCGGUACAAAAUCUCAAAAGGUUAGACUACCUAUUCACUCGAUGUGAUGACGAUAUCCUGUCUGACAUAUCAAAGUGGCAAACUUUGGAGGCUGUCAAUUUCUCAUGCAGCAAAACUGUCACUGGCAACCAUGUGCACGCUCUGAAAAAUGUGGUUGAUUUAAACUUGAAUAGCUGCAAAGGUAUAACAUCGAAGGCUUUCGUUGAAAUAUGCAACUCUUUAAAGCUGAAGGCAUUGAAUAUUUUUGGAUGUGACCAACUCGACGAGGCAUCGUUUGAAGCUUUGGUCAAUACACAAACAGAACUGGAAUCUCUGAGCAUAAGCCAUAUGUACGAAACCUCCAAUAUGGAAACUAUCGCUCAAAUAACGUCCUUAAAACAUCUUCGCAUUCACCAGGAUCCUGAGUUUGACAACGAAAUGCAGUUACUGACAGACUUCGCAGAGCAACAAAACGAUUCUCUAGAGUUCCUAGAAAUUUAUGAAGAUCCCUUUACUAUGUUGGGAUUUAAUAUCACCGACGAAAAUCGCGAUCAGAUUAUCCAACUUAAAAGUGUAAAUAAACUGUCUUUAUGCUUCCUCACGAGAGUGCCUACACGAAUGAUCACCGAGAUUGCGGAGGGUCUCCCCAAUUUGACUAGUUUAAAUCUCAUGGGUGUGUCUGUUAUAGACCUAAGUGCUUUGCUGGAUAUUAUCAGGGUUGCUAAAAAUUUGGUAAAACUGAACAUCUCACAAACCCGUGAAUUCAGCAAUUCAGACUAUAAACCAAUUUUGGAUACUUUGGUGGAAAAUAACUCCAAACCAAUUCUAAUGAAUGUAUCCUUCACCGGCUUUACGUGGAAGUUUCUUCAGAGUCCGGAAUACCAAGAAGGUCAACAUAUGUUGAAGUUAUCAUUUGGAGCAGGGCAUCUAUUUUGAA